CCGUCUCUCCCACAAUACGAUAUGUGUAGCGUGUACAGAAUAUUUGAACUUCCAGCGAUACACUUCAUUUCCUUGCUGUCUUUGAAACAGAAAGUCACCAUACUGCGUCUAUGAGGCAACCGUUAUAGUCGUGACAGCCAUGGGCAUCUGUAUGGAUACAGGGAGAAAUCAACUGAUUAUUCGUCGAGACAUUGAUGACAGCCCAACAGCUUUUGGUUCAUGGCCAAGACAGUCAAAUGGCUCGUUCCGGUAUCAGCGCGUACAAAAUCAAGCACGCACCAUGUCUGAACCAAUUAUGGUUGUGAGUGAAAACAUGAUGGGAGAAAGUAACCAUACAGUGACCGAAUCAUCUAGUUCCGGACCGGGACCGCCAAAACGAAUCCCCCUAACACUUCAAAGAAAAAUCGUUCCCAUCGAUUCGGAAUUACCGGAAAUUCCUAUCUUAUUUGUCUUAGGUGGGCCAGGAUCGGGGAAAAUUACUCACUGCGAUCGUUUAACGCGACUCGACCCUCGCCUUUUUCACCUCAACAUGCAAUCGGAAUAUUUAAAAGUAGCUUCAGAAAUAGGCAGCAGAGACCCCAACAUCGUCCCAGCCUACAAGGCUCUCGAAAUUUUAAUUCAACUAAUGUCUGGCACGAAAGACUCUUCAGCAAUGAUCGUCACAGGGUAUCCUAGGAAUAUGCGAGACGUAGUCGAAUUUUUGGCGAGGGUUCAACGUGUUGAUGCUGUUAUUCUCCUGGACUGGAGUGACCGCAGUCUAGAGCGACAAAUCCAGUUAGGAGCAAAAACUGGCGACAUAGACAUCAAUUUGGCUCGUUUUGAAAUGACUAACUACAAGUCCAACAUCAUACCAGUCGCCCAGUUCUUCGAUCAGCAAGGACGUCUUCACAUAGUAGCCGGCCAAAGAUCACCAAGCGAAAUCUUUGAUGAUUUAGCAGAAGAAGUCAAUGGCAUUGUUUCGAGUGCGUUGGGCGAACUUCCCGUUUCACAGAAUCCAAAGGUUUCCGAAAGACCAGAAAGCGCUGUGACGGAGAUACAUUCAGAACAAGAAGAAACCAAAGUUGUCAUUCACACCUUACACGAAGAUGUGAACCAAAACGGUGCUGUGAAGCGCCAGCAAAGCGUCGACAGCGUCGACAUGAUGAUUGAAGAAGAAAUCAAAAACAUCAUAACAGAAGAUCCCAAAAGUGCUACAGAUAAGAAUAAGGAAACACCUGCACUGCAGGAUAUCGAGGUUGAAGAGGCCUUAAAACAAUAAUUAAGUAAAGUAUAAGUAGCAGUGAAUGGCAAGUUAAACUUACUGCAAAAUCGAAUGGCCAUUCAAGACACUGCGAGUCUUGAACUGAUAUAUAUUUGGAUUUAUACCACAUAUAGGCGUAUGCCGAACUCAAAAUCAUUUAAAUUCACGAAUACGCACGGUAUAUAUUCCACCUUGUUUUGAUUUGGUGUGAGUGUCCUCAGCUUACACCAGAUUAUUUUCAGCUAAUUUAGUCUACUAGAUGAUGUUAAUCAAUAAAAUUUUACAUUAGUUGCCCGGCUUGACUAGUGUCAGCCAACUAGGACUUUGUAAAAGGACAUUCGCUUACAGGUAUAUAGCUAUAUAUAGCCUAUAAAUGCCCCACACUGGGUUUAUCCGUCCUAGGUUCACCAUAUGCCUUAAACAAAAAUGUAAAGAAGUGAAUUCAACUAAACUUAUGAAUAUUUUUAAAUGAUAACAUUGGAUCCGAAUUUCCCCCAUCGAACCUUACCCUUUUAAAAAAGAAAAAGCGGGCUGUUGACGCAACGAAUUGUCACAUGAUAAAAACAAACUGAAAAGCUCAUAGUUUUUACCUGGAAAUGUCCUGCAAAUCUCGUGAAAAAAAUUUCGUCGUAUUGUCACGAAUUACCGUGACUCCUAUUACAUAGACGCACAAAUUAAUAUGAAUUACUUGCAUGUCUACGUAUUCGGAGAACAUAUACAACAAUGUUAUGUCCUUAUAGCCACAAACGAUGUGCCGCUGGGUGCUCAUCUAUUUCUAGUAAAUAAUUAAGUGAUCCACAACCGUCAAGCUCAUCGUGACUCACAAAAAGAAAAGAAAAUCUGUGUUUUGAAUCUGGUAAAGUUAGCAUUAGAUGAUGUAGAAUAUCACAUAUGUUUUAGACAUCCCAAUGCAGAUACACUGUCAUCAUGUACCAUAUAGGUUUCGAGUCCCAUUUGUUCAUGAAUUAUGACCAACACGCCAUGCUCAGAUAAAUAUUCAAUACACUCAUUUUUUGAUUCCUUGUA